AUGCUCGCGCUCUCGCCGAUUCCUACCAACGGCGUCACUGACAGCCCAACGUGGAAGGAGGGCGAAUUCACCCUCGUUUCCUCGGACGGCGUACGCUGCCACACCAACCCGAUCCACCUCAAGGCUGCGAGCCCACGGCUCCGCGACCUUGUGACAGCCAGCAGCGGCGGCGAGAUCGUCCUCCGCGACGCGGACAGCACGACCCUCGACCACUUCCUCAGCGUGCUGGUGCACAAACGGCUGGCGAGCAGCGCCCUCGGAUCGGGUGUCGACGUCAUCGACCGCCUCCGCCGCCUCUUCGCCUUCCUGCGCGCGUACGGCUGCGACAUCCCCCGCCGCACAGCCCUCACGAGCCUGCACCGCGACCGCCGCUUGCGCCCGUACCAGCGCUUCGCGGUCGGCGCGGGCGAGGGCGACCUCGACUUGUGCAUCGAGGCGCUGGGCGCCACCGUCCUCGAUCCCAACCUCGGCCGGAACCACGGCGACUGUGACGGCCGCUUCGACCUCGAUCCGCGCAGCAUGCCGUUCGCCGUCAGCCGCCGUAUCCCGCCCGCGUUUUUGUGGGCGCUCACGCGGGCGUGGGACCAGUCGAAUCCCAGCAUCACGAGCAGGAGCGGAUACCACGUCGACGAGCUGGUUGAUCUCUUCGAGUCGUACUUCAAGAUCGCCCAGCACGCACCGCCAGCCCCGGAGUAUGAGGCGGUGGAGACUGCAGUGAAGCGUCACCGGGCUAGCAUGCCGUUUUGAGUUGUCCAAGGAUGUGUAAGUACACAUCGAAUUAGCUUGGCCUCGGCGAGUUACUGUAGGUGGUCCAUACUGCUAAGCUUGUGAAUCAGUG